CUCCAAUCAUUCAAUGAAAUUAUCGGAAAUGAUCAAUUAGUAGUUGUGGACUAUAAAGCAGUGUGGUGCCCUCCUUGUCAGGCUUCAAAACCACUCUUCCAUAAACUUGCAGCUUCUAAACAAUAUGAAAAUGUAAAAUUCCUAGUUGUGGAUGUUGAUGAACAAGGCGAAAUAGCUCAUCAAGAAGGAAUUAGUGCCAUGCCAACAUUCAAAAUAUAUAGAAAUGGUAAAUUAUUAGAUACAAUGGUUGGAGCCAAUUUAUAUGGAGUAGAAUCUUUAAUAAUCAAACAUUUG